GAUGUGACGUUUGAGGGCAGAGUGAGAGGGAAAUCUAAAAACAUAAGUCCGCUCGUUUGAAAGAAGAAGAAGAAGAAGUGCUCAACAAACUCUGAGGAAGGAGUCAAAAAUGCAGAAGACGUCCCGUUUGAAGCGUGAACUUCAGAUGCUGAGCAAUGAGCCUCCUCCUGGAAUAACCUGCUGGCAGACGGAGGAGCGGAUGGACGACCUCCGGGCACAGAUAGUUGGUGGAACAGAAACUCCUUAUGAAGGUGGACUCUUCUCUUUGGAGAUCAAGGUCCCGGACAGGUACCCAUUUGAGCCUCCCAAAAUACGAUUCCUGACCCCCAUCUACCAUCCAAAUAUUGACAAUUCCGGACGUAUCUGCCACGAUGCUCUCAAACUCCCACCAAAGGGUGCCUGGAGGCCGUCCUUAAACAUCUCCACAGUCCUCUCCUCCAUUCAGCUGCUCAUGGCUGAGCCCAAUCCAGACGACCCGCUCAUGGCCGAUAUAUCAUCAGAGUUCAAAUACAACAAACAGCUGUUCAUGGAGACGGCCAGGAAGUGGACAAAGGAACAUGCUGUUCAGAGAAACACGGAAGUUCAGGAGGGAAACAAAGAAAAUACUCCAGAUCAGAACACUUCAUCCCGCAAAAGACAUCCGCUCGGUGCCCAACAGGAGGGAGCGCAGUCAGCAAAGAAAACCUGUGUGUAGUUUCGACCUCACAGCUCCGGAGCCAUCAUGCAUAUAACUCCUGUCUGCACUUGUGAAUAACUAUUUAAAAUGUUUUAUUUAGUGCUGAUACCUACUUCCACCUAUUAUGUGUAUUUCUCUUCUUAAUUCAGAAAUGUGUUUAUUUUUUAUGUUUGU